AUGAAUUUGGGAAAAGGUGAGGAACCGAUCAUUGCCAAGUUCCUGAUAGCUUGUAAACACAAGUACGCCAAAAGUAAAGAAACAUGCAAAAUAUCAAAAUUAUACACCGAGGAAUUGCUUCAGAAGGCAUUAACUGAUGUGAGGAAUGGUGAACAGAAGAAGACCGUCGCUAUGAAGUAUGGCAUUCCAAGGCAAACAUUUCAGUAUCGUUUGGGUCCUAAAUUUUCAACACCAGAACUUGGAAAAAAUACGUAUCUAACAAGAGAUGAAGAAAACAAACUGGUCGAAUGGAUUUUAGAUAGCCAUAAAAAGAGGCUGAAUAUAGAGAUAACAGAUUCCGGUGAUACAUCUCCUAUAGAGAUUUUAAUAGGUGCAGACAUUGCAGGAAAGCUCUAUACCGGAAGAAGGCAUAUUUUAGGAUGUAGACUGGUAGAUGUAGAAACCUUAUUGGGCUGGACUUUGAUGGGAAAAAUACCUUUAGAUCGACAGGAUAAUCGUACCGCAACAACUGUUUCACUUUUUAUUAGCAACGUGUCGAUUAGUCAACUGUGGGAGUUAGAUGCUUUGGGUAUCAAUGAUCCGGCAGAAAGGAAGACAAGGGAAGAAAUAGCGCUAGCAGCAAAACAACUUUUCUUUGAGACUGUUGCAACAGAUUCCACAAGACGAUAUGAAAUUAGACUGCCAUGGUUAGGACAUCCGGCAUUACCAAGUAACUACCAGAUGGCUAAGAAAAGGCUGGAUAUCACGUUGAAGAAGAUAAACAAAGAUGGAUAUCUUGAAGCCUACGGCCAAAUAUUCAAAGAGUGGCUGGAUGAAAAUAUAAUUGAGGAAGUGCUCGAGGAGCAACCAAACCAAGAAGUUCAUUAUUUACCCCACAGACCGGUAAUUAAGCCUAAUAGCGCGUCCACAAAAAUCAGACCAGUUUUUGACGCUUCAGCAAAAGAAAAAGACAAACCUUCUUUAAACCAGUGCCUUGAAAAGGGGGUUAACUUAAUUGAAUUGAUUCCUGCUAUUUUAUUAAGAUUCAGACGACAAGAAAUCGGUGUAAUCUCAGAUAUUGGCAAAGCCUUUUUACAGAUUGGGAUACACAAAGCUGACAGAGAUUUUCAUCGUUUUCUUUGGAUAGAUGAUGCAGGAAAAGAAAAGGUGUACCGCCACUGUCGUGUGGUAUUCGGGAUCAGCAGUAGUCCGUUUUUAUUGGGAGCUUCACUAGAACAUCAUUUUUCGUUGAUGUUAACAAGAUGUGCGUCAAAACUGCUGAAUGUUUCGGAAGACACUAUUUUAAAAUUGUCGCAUAGUUUUUACGUUGGCAAUAGCGUUACUAGUGUUGCUAAUGAACAGAAGCUACGAACUUUUAUAGAAGAGUCAAAUAUAAUAAUGGCUGAAGGCAAGUUUGAUCUCAGAGGGUGGGAGUAUACAGGCCAACCCCACGAUGACACUAUUGAUGACUCGACCCAGGUUUUGGGAAUAAAAUGGAACAAAAUAGAUGACAUGUCUACAACAAGAGUAUAA